UUUUGACGCUUGACUUCAUUUACACAUCCAAGGGGUCAUCGUACAUUAAAAUAGUGGUGAUUUUCGAAAUCUCCAGUAAUCUCCACUAAAAACAACGUCUAAACCCGCCAACACAAAAAAUUCUUCAUUUUUUAACGUUUACGUCAUUCACGCAGUCGCUGGGUCAUCGCAGGUGAAAAUGAUGACCCUUUUUGAAAUCCGCGUCCCAAAAUACGUCUGAAACGGGUAAUAUUUUGUCCAAAAAGUCAUGCAAAAAGGCAUGGGAAUAAUUUUCAUGCCCAGUGCAGGGAUUGAACUUGCGUUCAUGGCGAUAAACGGGGAUUCAAGCCGUACAUUAAUACCACUGCGCCAUGGGGCGUGACUGGUGAAACCGGCGACGUCCUAUAGCGGCGGCCAGUUGGUAAACUAUGGACGAACUAGUAAUACAAAUCUCGCGUCGCGAAAUAUGUACGUGCAUACUGUAAAAACGGGUGAAGUUUGCAGCUCUGACGUCAUUUCGCUCCUCCUAGCAGGGAGGUAUUGAACAGUGUAGUGCUGGAGCCACCACCACCGCUCAUGAAAUCCCAAUUGGCGUUCAAAUUUUACAUAUUCUUUAUUUAUUAUUCGAAUCAGAUGGUAAAUGUUUAUUUAUCACCAUUACGCACACGCUGAUAGCUCAUUUUUAGUAAUUCAAAUACUAGUUUAUUUUGACAAUUAUUAUUUAAUUUUUACUUGAUCAUUUGAUAACUGAUAUCAUGUCAGACGAGAAUCAACCCCCUUCAAAAAAAAGACACAUUUCGACUGAUAAAUUGAACGUUAAGCAUGCAAUAUCGGAAAUUGGAAUAUUUAUCAACAAAGUGAAGAAUAAGUUAGAAGAAUUCAUUCAAUCAAAAAAUAAAAUACUAAAUUUAAGUUGUGGGGAAAACAGUUUUAAUUCUCAAGAUGAGCUACACGGUGACCACAACUCUGAGGAUAAUCAAAUCGGACAGUUCUCAACAUCAAGCGAAUGUCAAACAGUUUUUAAAGAGCUAGGAAUAAACAAUGUUAAUAAGAAAAUCUCUAAAUUGCUAGGUAUAUCAGAAAGAUCAGUAUAUGGAAUUAAAAUCAACGAUGCCAAAUUAAAUACUGAAUCAGUAAAAAAACUCAGCUCAAAAAAAAUAGUUUGCGAAGAAUUUUUUAUCUCUAUGAUAAGACGAUUAAAUCAGGAAUUUUAUAAAAAUAAAGAAUAUCCUACGGCCAGAAAGUUACUUGAUCGUUGCUUAGAUAAUCCCGAAUUUCCAAGAAUCAAACUAACGUUGUUUAGGGAGUGGAUGAUAAAUGAAUGCAAAUUUAAGUACCGAAAAAUCAAUAAAAAACCUGUGUUCUUGGAACGCUACGACAUCGUCGCCCAACGAGAAUUCUACCUAAGAAGUAUUCGCAAGUUUCGCCAAGAAGGAUACUCAGUAUUCUACUCUGAUGAAACCUGGGCGUCACCUGAUCAAGCGAGGAGUCGUUGCUGGCAGAUUUUAUUAUCUGAUGAAGAGUAUAAAGACAUGACGGGGUUUUGGGGUGGCGACUGUUUGCGGGAUAUGAACGGUUAUGCUGGGGGAUUUUUAUUGAAGUCGGCAAACGGACGCAUUAUAAUUAACCACAUUGGCAACGAAUUAGGAUUUUUGGCCGGUGGGGACGACGUUUUCAUCUCAAAAAAAGACACAAAGGACUAUCACGGAAACAUGAAUAGCGAUCGGUACUUGGAAUGGUUUGCCAAAAUUGUCGGAUUGGUGCCAGACAAAUCGGUGUUAGUGCUGGACCAGGCCCCUUACCACAAAAAAAGGGUAAAAGACUCAAUUAUGCCAACCAUGGCGUGGUUAAAGGCAGACAUACUAGCUUGGUUUGAAAGAAACGCUAUUCCAUUGCCAGAGAAUGUUUCUAACUUCUGCACUAUGACGAAACAAACUUUAAUAGCGCUGUCAAAAAAAUAUCCGAAGCCGAAGAAAUUCAUUGUAGAAGAAAUUGCCGAAGCCUCCGGGAAAAAUAUAAGAAUUUUGUGGUUACCUCCAGCUCAUUGUGAGUUCAAUCCCAUAGAAUUAGUUUGGUCAUUCAUAAAAAAUGACAUUGCUACUAAUAAUAAAGGCAAUAAUGCUGAGGGAAUAUUAGAGUUGGCAAAAUUAGCUAUUUUAAAAGUAACACCUGAAUUAUGGAGCCGUUGUGUAAAGCAUGCGAUUAAAUAUGAGGAUCGUAUGUGGGAUAGGGAUAAGCUUGUUGAUGAAUUUAUUUCUAACCCGAAGAUGGCUCAAAUUAUAAUUACUGCAGGAAAUGAUUCUUCCGAUUCUAGCUCUUCUGAUUCUGACGACAAUGAAUAAUAUAUCAUAAUAAAUAAAGAAUAUGUAAAAUUUGAA